CAGGCAGCGUUCAUUUUCCCGGAGCGCCGUGAAGGCAACAUCUAGAGGGACGUGAAGGCAGCAUCUCUGUGAAUUGAGGGUUGAGAAGGACGAUGAAAACAAAAAUGGACAUCGAUCGAAAAUAACCAAGCAGUCUGGGUCAGACCUCUGACUGGCACCACAAAAAGAACCAGAAGGGAGAAAACAGCAGGACAGAACCAUGGAGGCUCGCUUUGGUAAUAUUGUGCUCAGCUCCAAGUUUGACUCAGGAAACCUGGCCCGUGUGGAGAAGGUGGAGAAGGGCAGCACCAGCCCUUCAAGUGAUGUAGCUCCGGCUGGGGUUUUGCCCUCAGGGUCAAACGCCACCCCUGACUACGAGUUCAAUGUGUGGACGCAGCCUGACUGCGCCGGCACAGAACAUGAGAAUGGAAACAGAUCAUGGUUUUACUUCAGUGUGCGGGGUGCUGCACCUGGAAAGCUACUCAAGAUCAGUGUUAUGAACAUGAACAACCAGAGGAAGCUCUACAGCCAGGGCAUGGCACCUCUCGUACGCACUUUACCUGGCAAGAACCGGUGGGAAAGGAUCCGAGACAGACCAACAACUGAGAUUGUAGAUAACCAAUUCAUACUGUCAUUCACUCACCGCCUGUCAGAGGUGCGAGGGGCCACCACCUACUUCUCCUUCUGCUUCCCUUUCUCUUACACUGAGUGUCAGGAUAUGCUGCAGCAGUUUGAUAAUUGCAACCCCAAUGCUGCUCUACUCAGCCCGAGCAGUGCGCCAGAUACCUUGUAUUAUCACAGAGAGUUGCUGUGCAAAUCCCUCGACGGCAACAGGGUGGACCUGCUCACUGUGACCAACUGCAGCGGCAUGCAGACGGAGAGAGAACCACGUCUGCCUAAGUUGUUUCCUGACACCAACACUCCAAGACCACACUGCUUCCCUGGCAAAAGGGUGUUUUUCCUCAGCAGCCGAGUGCACCCCGGGGAGACUCCUUCAUCCUUUGUGUUUAACGGUUUCCUCAGCUUUAUCCUGAGAAGAGACGACCCUCGAGCCCAUGUGCUUCGAAACAUGUUUGUGUUCAAGCUCAUUCCCAUGCUUAACCCAGACGGAGUUGUUCUUGGACACUACAGGACUGAUUCCAGGGGUGUGAACUUAAAUAGGCAAUACCUGAACCCCAGCCCUGAGCUGCACCCUUCCAUCUAUGCAGCCAAAACACUGCUGCUCUACCACCAUACACACAACCGCCUUCACACCACACAGUCAAGUACUCACUCUGUCUGCCUCCCACACACACGGAACCCUCCCCUCAAUGUCAAACCCUCCAAUCAGCAUCAGUCUCCCCCCUUCACUGCCCUUGAAGUAAGCUUGAACCAACGAAAUGCAGAGAAAGACGCAAUGCCUGUACUGCCAGAGGUUCCCAUGGUGACAGAGGAGAACGUUUGGGUCACCACAGAAAUGGGGAAGGGAGACGAGAACAGCUCAUCCUGCUCCUCAGAGACUGUAGCACCUGUGCAUGUGGAGGUAACAGUAUCAGAGACUGUAGAACCUGCCAAUGUGGAGGUAACAAUACCAGAGGAGGAGGAGGAGGAACAGGAAAUGAUUCCGCCACAAGAGGGGGGCGUGGCUUAUUAUGUGGACUUACAUGGCCACGCCUCCAAACGGGGAUGCUUCAUGUAUGGAAACAGCCUUUCAGAGGAGAGCCAACAGGUAGAGAACAUGCUGUACCCGAGGCUGAUCGCUGUGAACUCUGCUCACUUUGAUUUCCUGGGCUGUAACUUCUCUGAGAAAAACAUGUAUGCUCGAGACAAGAGGGACGGCCAGUCUAAGGAGGGCAGCGGGAGGGUGGCCAUGCACAAAGCCAUCGGACUGCUCCACAGCUACACUUUGGAGUGCAACUACAACACAGGCAAAACCAUGAACACCAUCCCCCCUGCUUGUCAUGACAACGGACGGGCAACCCCACCUCCACCUCCGUCAUUCCCUCCAAAAUACACUCCAGAAAUAUUUGAACAGGUUGGGCGCGCUGUGGCUGUCUCAGCCCUGGAUAUGGCAGAAUGUAACCCCUGGCCAAGGCUGGUGCUGUCCGAGCACAGCUGCCUGACAAACCUUCGAGCCUGGGUCCUCAAACACGUCCGCAACACCAAAGGCCUGAACACACACGUACAUGCUCAUCCUCCAAUAAGAAUACACCACAGUGGUAGCAGGGCUUCACCGCCAAAGAGCUUAAACAAUUGUCUGUCGGGCUCAGCGUCAGAGAACCACCUCAGUCGAGUUCGCUGCAACAGUACCAGCAGCAGCCAGACGCCCUCCCCAAAGAUGCACAACUCCCCGAGCUUCACUUUUGGCUGCCCCCCACCUCGAUCUCACACACAGCACAACAACACACACAGCAGCGGACGUGGAGGCAACAAGACACUCGGGCCGGUCAGGGACCCUAAGGCUCAGGAGAAAAGACGAGCCCCUCACCACCGCUCCAUCCUACGGUCUCCCAGCAACAGUCACACACCCUCCCGUCCCCCACACUCACCCCCUUCCUCUUCCUCGUCCUCGUCUUCCUCAGUGUGUGCAGCGGGUUCGUGUCCCCUCCCGGCCUCCGUCAGUAUGACAGGCCUCAGCUGCCCAGACUUUCAAGCUGGUUCACCUACUUCACCCAGUUGGUCCAGAUUGCCUUUCCCCAUGCGUGCUGGGCGUGUGGGGAAGGGUUGUCGAACUCUCACGAUCACUCAUCCUCCUGCACAGGCUCCUACAGAGCUGGCUGCUAAAGACCAGGGGCCUGAACACAUCCUUUCAUCCAUCAAAUUUAGCAAGUGUGAGCUUCAACCUCCUCUGAGCCGUAUCCCCAUCCGCAGGGUGGAGUCAACUGAAACCCCUCCCACACAUGUGAGUAAAGCAGCCCUUACCAGCAUCAGCACAGUCUCACCUGGAGACAAGGACAAGUCAGCCACCAUGAAGGUCUGGAAACUGCUCAGACCUGGCCUCCAUCGACACCUGUCCCUGUCAGGUGUCACGGGGAAAGAAGCUGCCAUACAGUUGGCCUCUAAAGCACUAAAAAAGAAGAGCAGUGACAGGGGUUUCCUCUGCAAAGGAAAUACUAUCAUAGAAACCACGCCAGAGAGGGAUGAAACUCUGCAACAGAUUGAGGAGACCCCAGUGCUGACUCCUCCUGAGACUGUAAAUAUGCGUGAAACGGUGACGCUGUGUGGAGAAGCUUAGGAACUGCACUGAGAAGAAGACACUUGUCUGUAUUGGAUUAAUGUGAGCCCAAAUCAACAUAUUUCAAUGGACACCUUUUAAAAUAGGAAACAGAAGAUUCUGUCAAUGUCAAUUGGGGUAUUUUAAUGUGCAAUACAUUAUUUAUAACACUAUCUAUCCAGAUAUUUUAGAGGAUGUGUGGUAUUUGAAACCAUUGCAGUUAAACACUGUCAGACUUGCAGAAAGACUGUCCAGUAAAUCCUUAGAGCAGCUUUACUGAAGCAGCUGGGGCCUAAGUGCCUUGCUCAAUGAUACCAUAGCAGAAAGAAGAUGGGAAGAGGUAAAAACUCUCCAGCUGAUCAAUAAUCUGUUGACUUGAAAUAACCUGAAACAUUUCAUUUAUCAUCACUGUACAUAUCGGUUUUUAAAUUUCUCUCAUUGUCUUCUGCUGACUAUUUCCCAAAACAGAUGUCACAUGCACUCAGACCGACACUGUAAUGCACUGAUAUGUAUUUCACAUUCAGCCACUAACACUAAUGAAGCAAAGGGUUGAUUGUCACUUAAGACUGAUGAGCACAGCAGCACCUUUACACCCACCUGAUUUUCACUCUGAGUUUAGACACAGACAUGUGAGUGAAGUGUGUUUUUAAUCAUAUUAUUCCAGAGAGUUGUUGUGCUUUGAAUUCUUUCUGUGAAGGGUAUUCACCUGCCAUUGGACUUUUUCGUGUUUUAUUUUAAACUGACUGAAAACAAAGAAACAAAUAGGAUUGAGCUUUAGUAAAUGUAAGUACCUGUUCAAUUAUUCAACACACCUGAGUCAUUUCCGGUGGGCUCAUUCGUUUUUUUAGAAUAGGGUCAGAGUAUUGUGAGGUGAGCUAUCUAAACACUAGACAGCUGUAUGACUACAUACAGAAGGCCAUGUGUUCAUCCAAAUCAGAGAGAGGACACAAUGACACAGUGUGUGUCACUGCAGGGCUUGUGGGUUUGGGAAAUCCCUGGGUAAAAUGAAUGCAGUAAAACAGAAGAACCUGCAGAAGCCUGACAGAGAAGUGGACAUUCAUUUUCCUAUUAAUUAAUUUUCUACAUUCAUUUUUGUAGAAACAGGUAUCUAAGAGAUUAUUUAAUUUUUUGUCAUGUUCUUGCCCACACACGGUUAUAUAACUGAUAAAACAUGACAACAGUCCAAAGGGUGGGGAAAUACUUGUACACACUUUGUCUGUAUUGAAUAUAUUUUCCUUGUCACAUUCCUUUAGAGAUUUAUUUGCCCAGCACACCAGUAUGAGAACAUAUCUUGAAGUAACAUAUUGUAUAUUCAUAGGAUAUACAUAUUUUGUGCAAGGAGCUCUGUUUUUAAAUGUUAUAAGCAUAUCUUAUGCUAAGUGAUAAAUUGACUGACUUUGACCAAAUUAUUUUAACUGUUACUGGAAUAAUACUGUGUUGGAACUCGAAAAAGACUUGAAACAUAAAUAAAUUAUCUUGAAAAAUCUCA